UAGAUGACAUGUGAAUAAUAAGGAGAUGUCCUCUUAGAGUUUAGAAUCCACUCUCGCACUUUGGGUUACUAAGGAAACGACAAUGCAUUGAGAGUGUGGCACACUUGGCCCCAAGGCCUCUCCCGGGACCGUGCUUUUGCAAAGCUUCUUCCGUCGGUUCUCAGGGAUAACCCUAAGCCCAUGUAUCUAGCUAAACGAGUCCUAUGCAUUGUUCCUUCUUUCUUUUUGAACACAAACACUUUUUUAUCCGUGUAAAUAAGUUGCAAAGAUAGCGAGAACUACUCCAAGCAAGGAAAUGUCUUUCUAGUAAAAUCAUAAUUAUCCUCUCAAACAUGUCAGGUCAUGUACUCACAUGGAAGCUAGUUGUAUAAAUUUCCAUUUCGGCCGAAUCUCGUAGAUCUUCAUGCUGAGAUUUAAACAUAUAAACUCAAUUGCCACCCUUAUACUUAGAUAUACUUAUGAGGUUUUCUCCCAUUUUUAGAAAGAUACAUAUACACCUCAUUCCUUGAGAGAGAUCCCUCUAUUAAGGUAGCUCGAAGUGCCAAAACUAAUACUGAAAUUAAUUUAUAUUUUUUUGAGCUUUUCUCAAGUCUUUGAGUGCCGUAGGUUUAUAUCUCUUGAUUUAUACUAGGAGAUAUAUACACCCUUAUAUUUCAGAAGUCUAAGAAAGAGUUCACAUUGGCGAUAGUAGAAUUUCACACAUUUAAUUUAGGUAGUGAGGAGGUAUAUAUCUGUAAAAAUAAAUGAGAACCACCAUACUUAGAUAUGAAUUAGUUGGUGAUGCCGGAUAUGUUCUGAAAUAUGUCUAGGAAGAUUCGUAUAUUUGGCAGUAAUGUUAUUAUGGCCAAAUCAGUAGUAGCUGUGGGCGGUUGGAUGCAGCUGUACUGGUUGGCAGUCACUUUCCGUGUUCAUACCUUUUUUUUCAAUUUCAAAAAAAAAUCUGUGUUCAUAUCUCAAUAUAUCAGUACCACUGAGAAUCGGCUGAAGUUGAAACUUGUGUAACCGUGACAUUUUCUAACCUUUUUUAGACGAUACAAUUGUGAUAUACUAUAAAACAUUUCCUUGCUUGGAGUAGUUUUUUGUACCGUUGCAACAUAUUUCACACAGAUAAAAAAUCAUUUGUGUUUAGAAAGAAACAAGACACAGUGUAUAGAACGCGUUCACAAAGACAGGGUGAAGCACUGAAAUUCGACUAUAAAAGUAAGCUCCCAUUCUGUAAAAACUACACACAGAUCGAAGGAAAUCAGAUACAUGAAGAAAUAAGCUUCCUGCCGCCUGGUAAGUUACGUUCCCUCUCGUCUUGUCACAAAUUCUAAUCUGGUUUAUGUUCUUAGAAGUACAUAACUUUGCAUACUUUAAAUUUGUAGAGAGGUAAGUUCCCUCUCGCUUGUCAAAAAUUCUAACAUGUUUUCUGUUCUUAGAAGUACAUAGUUUUGAAUAUCGUAGAUUGUAGAGAGGUAAGUUCCCUCUCGCUUGUCACAAAUUCUAAUCUGGUUUCUGUUCUUAGAAGUACAUAGCUUUGAAUACCGUAGAGUAGAGAGAGAAAAAGCUCGUUUCUUGCUUGUGAAAUCCUGAAAUCCACCAUCUAAGGAUCUAGACUUUGUUGUAAGCUUUUGCUAAUCAGAUCUACAUAGGACUUAGUGGUUUACAGGAAGUUUAGAUGUUCUUCUAAGCUUGUGAUUAUCAGAUCUCUGUGAAAUUCUAGCGAUUUAUUACAGGUUUUUGCAGCUUCCUGUAUGUUUUGUGUGGUGCCAUGGCCAACGCCCUUUUUUCUUUUUUUUCCCCACGCAGGUUUGUCUCCAAGAUUUGAACGGAGGAAGGUGGUGAAAUCCGCCGACCUGACCUGCCUACCAUGGGAGACGCCAACGAGAACCUGGCCCAGCAAGGAGAUGCCAACAAGAACCCAACCCAUCGAGGCCUUCCACCUCGCCACCUCAUCAUCCCCUACUCCAUCGCCGCUGCCAUGGCAAACCGGCCCAUUCGCCUAGCCAGCCAGGCUCGGCUUUUCAGCGGUGGUGGCGGGGUGGCAGCCCAGCAGCCUCCGACCCAACAUGCUAUCGCAGCCCAAAGGCGCCUGCCCAGCCGCAAUCCCUAGAGCCGCAUCGUCCCGUUACUCCUCCCGGACGGCAAGAGCAACCACAUCAUUGACACCAGCUUCACUUCCGAGGAAGCGUUCGUGCCCGCAGCACCGCCGCCGCUGCUCGUCUCCGCCGCACGCCGCCCCGUGGCGCCGUCGGCGCAGCCCAUUGCUACCAUGUUCGCGUGGCCAGUGCCCCCGCGCGGGUGGACCGUGUCGCCGACCACCGGCCGCUAUCGCUUUGGCUACGGUUUCGGCGGCGAGAGCUCAUCCUCUACUGCACUGCGCACGCCCGCUGCUCCUACUACCACGCGGGGGCCUACUCUUCUUUUUCUUCCCGCGCCGCCCGUGCCUGCUCCUCUUGUUCAUGCACCACCCACGCUUGCUCCUCCUCUUGUUGUGCCACGCGGCGGGUGGACCAUACCACCGACCACCAGCAACGAUUGCUUCGGUGAUGGCCAUGCGAGCUCGUCGACUGCUGCGCCGCUCACGGCCGCUGGUCAUUCUACACCGCCCGAGCCUGUUCCUUCUGUUCCUGUGCCGCUCGGUUUGACCAUGUCACCGACCACCGCCCACUACAGCUUCAGCUACGGUGGAGCGAGCUCAUCAUCUGCUACGCCACGUGCGCCCAUUGCUCCUCUUGCACUGCGCGCACCUGCACCUCAUCUUUGUGUGCCGCGCGUGCUUUCUCCUCCUGCUCCUACGCCACCCGUGCUAGCAACUCAUGUUCCUACGCCGCCUGCGCCUGCCCCUCCAGUUCCUACGCCGCUCGCACCUGCUCCUCCUGCUGAUGUGCCACCCGGGUUUACUGUGUCACCGACCAUCACCCGCUACAGCUUCGGCUAUGAUGGAGCGAGCUCGUCGUCUGCUACGCCACGCGUGCGCACUACUUCUCUUGCACUGCGCGCGCCUGCACCUCAUCUUCGUGUGCCACGCGCGCCUGCUCCUCCAGUUCCAGCGCCGCUCGCGCCUACCCCUCCUAUUCCUACACCGCCUGCGCUUGCUCCUCCUGUUGAUGUGCCGCCUGGGUUUACUGUGUCACCGACCACCACCCGCUACAGUUUCGGCUAUGGUGGAGCGAGCUCGUCUUCUGCUAUGCCACACGCCGCCACUGCUCCCCUUGCAUUGCGCACGCCUGCACCUCAUCUUCGUGUGUCACGCAAGCCUCGUUCUCUUGUUCUUACACCGCCCGCACCUGCUCCUCCUGUUGCUACGCCGCCCACACCUGCCACUCCAGUUCCUACGCCGCCCAUGACUGCUCCUCCUGCUGAUGUGCCACUCGGGUUUAUUGUGUCACUGACCACCACCCACUACAACUUCGGCUAUGGUGGAGCGAGCUUGUCGUCUGCUAUGCCACGUGCAACCACUGCUCCUCUUGCACUGCGUGGGCCUGCACCUCAUCUUCGUGUGCCACGCAUGCUUGCUCCUCCUAUUCCUAUGCCGCCCGCACCUGCUCCCCCCGUUCCUACGCCGUCCAUGCCUUCCCCUACAGUUCCUGCGCCGCCCGUGACUGCUGCUCCUGCUACAGCACCGUCCGUGGCUGCUCCUGCUGCUGUGUCGCAUGGGUUGACUUUGUCACCGACCACGACCCGCUACAGCUUCGGCUACAGCGGCGUGAGCUCGCCGUCUGCUGUGCCGUGCACGUCCAGUGUUCCUCUUGCACUGCACGUGCUUGCUCCUCAUCUUUGUGCGCUGCAUGUAUCUGUUCCUCGUCCUUGUGCGCCGUCCGCAUCGGCUCCUCCUGCUGCUGCACCAUGUGGGUAGACCGUGACACUGACCACCGGCCGCUACUGCUUCGGCGACAGCGGUGCGAGCUCGUCGUCCACUGCACCGCGCGCGCCCACUGCUCCUCUUGCACUGCACGCGCCUGGUCUUCAUCUUCGUGUGCCGCCCGCGGCUGCUCCUCUUCCUGCUGCACCUCGUGGGUGGACCAUGCCGCCGACCACCGGCCGCUACAGCUUCAGCUAUGGUGGCCUGAGCUUGUCGUAUGCUACGCAGCGCGCGCCCAUCGCUCCUCUUGCGCUGCGCUCGCCUGUUCCUCAUCUUCGUGCGCGGCGCGUGCCCACUGCUCCCCUGCUGCUGCUACGCCGCGCGCGCCUACUCCUCCUGCUGCUGCUACUGCCCUGGCUGCGCCUCCGGCGACACCGUCCGGCCUGCCUUCCUGGCCGGUGCUGGUUCGUCCACCAACCGGGCCAGCGCGUGUGUGUCUGGCGCCCGCCGCGCCAGCAGAGGCAUUCGAGGAGUACCUCGUGCAGCGCCGCGCGAUCGAAGCUACGGUCGACGAUACGCCAUGGGAGAUGAUCGGCAGAAGCAGGAAAACUGGUGGCCCCAUGUUUGCGGUGGCAGGUGGUGGCCGCGACAAGGCGGAGAUGGAGGCCAAGGAGGCCAGGGAGCGUCACAAGAACAGGAUGGACAAAGGAAGGCCGCCGCCGCCGCUCCCGCCCAGCAGCCACCGCCGAUCGCGUCGUCAAUUUUAAUUGCCUUGUUUUGCACGUGAUCACCAUGUACAAAUAUGCAAUCCUAACGCGGUUUUUGCCGUCUCAGUUAUUCGUACUGCAGAUGCUCCGGGGAGCUCAGGUGAUGGUAGCAAGAAGCGUAGAGGUGGGAGGAAGGAGAAACAAGCUUGAUCAUCAAGAAGCUGGACCGUUCGUCUUCAAUCCAUUUGGCACCGGAGAUUUCGUCUGCAUCAAUUCUUGCAUGGGUCGUCGAACUAUGUUCUGGAGUUGUUUGUGUUAAAGUCCCAAACUUAUGUUGGGUUUCAUUUAUUCUCGGUUGUUAAAAAUUAUUGAAACAAAAUUACUUUUAGCAGGAAUAUAAAAGAGACCAAAUGCUCCAAAUAGAGCAUAUGAAAAGAUCAGUUGUUGAACACCCUGAAAUAGAAAUUCCUGAACUAAAGAAUUAAACAUUAAACAGUUAAAUCCCUGAUGUAAUAAGGGGAAAA